AUGAAUCCUAACGAGAUCAACAGAUGUCGAGAAGUUUUUGAAACAUUUGACACCUCCAACACAGGGACGGUUGAUAUGUGGCGCAUAAGAGAAAUUCUUCAAGCCAUUGGACUCGAACCUACUGACGAGGAGCUUUUUACCAUGAUAGCCGACGCAGAUGUUAACUCUGACGGUCUUCUUUCUUUUCAGGAGCUCUUGCGAAUCAUACAGCAUCAGAAAACGCGGGGCUCUGGGUCAGAUGACGACCAAGAUGUUCUCAGCGCUUGGCAGGCAUUAGGCGGUGCAUAUGAUAAAUCGGGUAAGAUUCCUCUAGCCUCGCUCAAGGAAGUGGUUGCCAAAUUUGAUAUGCAGAUCAACCUUGACUCUAUUAUUAGGGCGCAGAUAGAAAGAAGGCUCUCUGCCUCUUUAACCGUUCAAACCAAGAAGAUAGUCAUUCCGGAGGAACUGGACUACGACGAAUUCAAGGUUUUGCUUGCAGAAACAAGGCCCGAGUUGGUACUGCCAAUGUGCUAG